AUGCACCAAAACAAUUCGGUAACGCUGCGCAAACUCGCGCUGAUCCUUUCCAUUACCGGGUUGUUCCUCCUCUUCAUCCUGGCGGCGUCCCUAUGGCUUAGCCGUGACGAUCCUAAUCUGGCCUAUCAAAAUAUUCCCCUGGAAGCCCUUCUUGCUAACCCCGAAGUGGAGCCCAUCGUCGCCGCUACCGGCAACAAUUUACCGCGUGGUGCACCUCGUCCGCCUGUACCGCCGCCGGUCCUCUCCAUCUUGGCCUUCCUGCGCCCCACUCACCUCUACCUCCACACCAACUACCCGGAUUUCUGGCCGUUCGAUGCCUGCAGCGGCCUGAUCCGCGAAUGGAGCGCCUUGCGCAUCGUACCGGCCCGUCGGCGCUACCACUCCAACGGACGGCGGCUGAACCCCACCGAUCAGUAUAUUUCCCACGAGGCCGAUAUAUUCAAGUUUAUUUCGUUGUACAAGUACGGCGGACUGUAUCUGGAUUUCGAUGUCUUCUUGUUGCCCAAUAUCACCACUCUUCUGGCGAAGCUGCAAACGCACGACUGCAUCACCACCAAGGAGCACCCGCGGUACAACCCUGCCGCCCUCAACGCCGGCUUCAUCGCCUGCCGCCCACAGACGCCCUUCAUCGCCGACAUCCUGCGCCGUUACCGCAGCGACUACCGUCCCGAGUGGACGUACAACUGCGGCUCCGUGCCCUUUGAAAUCCUCAACAGCAACCGCAGCGACACCUACCGGCAGCGCAUCUACAUUGACGAGACGGUCAUCCAGAACGAGGCCAACGCUCAGCUGAAUUCCACCACGGGAUUGUGGCGUGCCGAGGGAUCUUUGAGUGGCGGGAGAAAGCGGCGUACCACGUUGUUUCGCACAACUGCUCUUUAA